GAAGAUCAAACCUCGAGGGUAAAAGUCAUUAGCUAAGGAGAAAAAGAAAACAAAAAAAAAAAAAAGACAAAACCUGAAACUAAUAAGAAACCGUUAUUGCAACAAACAAUUGUAUACAUGGAGAUAGUAAAUUAGGAUUUGCCACACUGCGGCUUUCUCUCUCUCAAAGAUAAAAGACACACAAAAGUUCGCUCAUUAAUCUAAUAGACACCGCGAUUUUCCAUUGCAAUGGAACUGCAAGAUUUCAUCCUACUAACAGUGAGUGGCAUAGGUUUCAUUUCUCUCAUCAAACAAACUUUCACUUUCUUGAAUUGGGUGUGGGCCAUGUUCUUGAGACCAGCAAAGAAUCUGAAGCAACAAUACGGUUCCUGGGCGGUAAUCACUGGCUCCACUGAUGGAAUCGGCAAGGCUCUUGCAUUUGAGCUAGCAUCAAAGGGGCUUAACUUGGUUUUAGUGGGUAGGAGCCCUUCAAAACUUGAAGAUACAUCAAAAGAAAUUCAAGAAAGAAAUGGCAAGAAAUCACAAGUUCUGAUUAAAACUAUUGUUCUGGAUCUUGCAAGGACAAGUGGAGAAGAGAUAUCAAGGAAGAUAGAGGAUUGUAUAGAAGGGUUAGAUGUUGGAGUUUUAAUUAAUAAUGCAGGGUUGGCUUACCCUUAUGCGAGAUUCUUUCAUGAGGUAGAUUUGGAGUUGACAGAGAGUCUUAUAAAGGUUAAUACAGAGGGUGCUACUUGGGUUACUAAAGCUGUGAUUCCUUUUAUGUUAAAGAAGAAGAAAGGUGCAAUUCUUAAUAUUGGGUCUGGUUCAUCUUUUAUUAUUCCUUCAUACCCAUUAAAUGCCAUCUAUGCCUCUACCAAAGCGUACCUAGCAAUGUUCUCAAGCUGCAUCAGCUUAGAAUACAAGGAUCAAGGAAUUGACAUUCAGUGCCAGAUUCCGCUAUUUGUGGCAACAAAAAUGACAAGGAUCAAGAAAUCUAAUCUCAUCAUCGCAUCACCAAAGAUGUAUGCAAAAGCAAGCAUAAGGUGGAUUGGUUAUGAGAAACUAUGCACACCCUUUUGGUCACAUUCUGUGCAAUGGUUGAUAUUAAAAGCAUUGCCAGAGGAACUUUUAGAUCGGUCUCUUUUUCGCCACUAUAUCGGUUUGCGCAAGAAAGGAAUGGAGAAGGAACUUCUUAAGAAGAGCCAACUGCAAGCUAGCCAAGGUUGAGUAAGAGAAAUGUAGACAUAGAGGCAAGUUGUAUCAGCAGUAAUUUAGAGCUUGCACUUUGCAGAUUAUGUAAUGGGAUAGUAGAUUGUGAUAUUGCAACUUUCUGUUUAAUGAUUGCAAUAUAACGGGCUGGUUAUCAACCAAAGCUAUCCCAUUUUAACAUGUGCAGUUCACUGAUUCUUUUUCUUAUUGAAUGAAUUAACAGGUAUUAUUAUUCUAA